CAUUCAUCAGUGUGUGAGCUUGUCCUUCCAUCUGUGAUCUCUCUCCUACACCACACACUUUAGAGACGUUGCUAACGGCUACUUGAAUAUGUUGGGAAUUGCAAGAGGACUCUCUGCGGUUCGCUCCGCACCCGUUGUGCGCAGUGUAACCAUGUCUCAACGAGCCAAUCUUUCUAACAGGGCAGCAAAAGACCCCCUUGGUCCAGCGGAGACGGCAAUUGGCCUCACAAUGUUCGCGCUGGCAAUCCUGGGCCCGGCAGGCUGGAUCUUGGCCAAUCUGGAAAACUACAAAAAGAAGAAUGAAUGAAUGAGGGAUCCAAUCUCUCAUGCUGCAUCGACAGAUACUUUCCUAGUUUUAUUUCAUUACAGACCAACAUGGGACCAUCAACUCACCCACCUCUGACGUCAGUGCGGAUCAAAUUUGGACCUUAUCUACCUCCACCUCAACCAGUUUACUUUUUCACUCCAGUCUUCAAAACAGACAAGAAAAAUUCCGGCACAAUGACUUGAUUUCAAUUUCAUCUGUUUUUACUCCCUUUGUGGAGCCUGUUACAGUAACAAUAAAACUGUAUUUAAACAUU